CGAACUUGUAGUCGUGUUUUGACCAUCGACGACGACUGGGACCUACGCCCGCCCCCUCUCUAUCCAGCCGGUGUUGUGGUUGUGAACUUGCAUAAGCGUGAAUGAAAGCUGACAAGAUAUAUGGCUUGUUAUACAGAAGAGAAGAGAAUUCUUAUUGUGGGUCUUGUAUGCCUUGACAUCAUCAAUGUGUUAGACGAUUACCCACUAGAAGAUACAGAUAGUAGAGUUAAUGAUCAGUUGUGGGAGAGGGGCGGUAAUGCAGGCAAUACAUCGGUUGUACUGUCGCAGCUUGGAGUACAAACUGAAUUCAUGGGUACCUUGGCAGAUAAUACUCUGUCACAGUUGAUGGUAGAAGACUUCCAGCAAUAUGGAGUACACAUUGAUCACUGCAUAUAUCACAAAAACUGCACACCUCCCGCCUCAUGUAUUAUCAUCAACUCAUCAACAGGAACAAGAACCAUUCUACACAACAACAGAUCUCUCCCGGAACUGAUGUAUGAAGAUUUUGAAUUGUUAAACCUGAAGAACUACUCUUGGAUCCAUUUUGAGGGUCGAAAUAUCCAAGAAGUGCUGAAAAUGAUCGACAGGGUCAUCAUGUACAACAGAGAGUUAACAGAAUCUAGUGAACGUAUUCACAUAUCUGUGGAACUGGAGAAACCCAAGCUGGAAGUUUCCAUUCACAAAGUGCUGCCCAAGGCUGAUGUGGUUUUUUUUAGUAAAGAUGUAGCUAAGGCAUUUGGAUGUCAAAAUGGAGAAGAGUGUGUGCUCAAGUUCAAAAACGAUGCCAAACCAGGCGCUGUAAUAGUUUGCGCCUGGGGUGAGCUGGGGGCCUGGGCGAUAGGAUCUGAUGACGAAGCCGUCCAUUCCCCAGCCUACCCCCCUGCCAAAAUACGAGAUACUGUGGGUGCGGGAGACACUUUCAACGCUGGAGUCAUUUACUCCAUAUCCAGGGGCCAAAGUGUACUGCAUGCUGUCACACAGGGUUGUAAAGUAGCUGGAGAAAAAAUUGGACAUCAAGGUUUCAGGAUUGGGACUGACCUCGCCACUUAAUAAUAAUCUCAUUUGUAGUACUUGUUACAUGAACCCCAAACUGCUUCAGAUGCAGCAUGGUUCGACAGGUGUAAGUCUGGUGCACUGUGUUGCACUGGGUAAUCAACAGCAGCUGAACAUGUUGAGGCUAUUUCAUUUUCACAGUUAUCCCACCCAUACAAUUUCAUUUUGCGCGCAUAUAUGCACUUUAAUCCUAUUUCUUUCACCUGCAUUCAAAACGUCACUUUAACCUGUCAUUGCCUUUUACAUAUACAUGUAUGUACAAUCAAAUUAAGAUUCAUCAAAGAGGAAAGCAUUUUUAAUCUAUUUAGCGUUUUAGUUUCUGUAUAAUCUUUCCCAAACUUUAAGUUCAAUAUAGAUGGGAUUGAGCAAAUCAA